GUUGUUCUCUCGUCUUUGUGUAGCCGGUGUAUUCUACACACAUCUGUGCGCGUUCCCCUAUCGCGAAUACGAAAGAGGCCGCUGCAUGGAUGACGAUGGGACGCCUCUGCGCACAGGAAUGUUCAGACUGCCCCAAUCCAGGCGGAGUCUGGAACAAAAUACCGGACAUUUCGUGGUGGUAACGUAAUCAUCAUCAUCACCACCACUACCACCACCAUCAUCGGGAGAGUAAAAAACAAACUCCGCAGAAGCAGCAAGUGGCUCUCAAGGCCCGUGAAGUGAGCGUGAAAGAAUAAGUGGGGGGUGGGGGUAGCGAUAGGAAUUUUGGAACGGGUUUCUCGCACGUACACACACUCACUCAUCCACGCACUAACUCAUCCACGCACUCACUCAUCCACGCACACACGAGCCUCCACGUAGCAAUAAGCGCAGUCAGCAUUGCCCGCAAGUCGCCGAGUUGAGUAAGACUGCUGCUGCUGCUGCUAUAAGAGAAAGUAAGAGGACGAAAAAAAGCCAUUCAAGGAUGAAGCUCCCGCUCAUCACCCUGCCACUCCUCCUGCUCCUCCUCAUCAUCCACUUGUGUCUCGCUCAUGAACUCCUGCGGAGGAGAAGUCAGCGGAGAGAGAACGGCAGGGUAAUCCGACAAAUCCAGCGGCCCAGGCAGUCUUCCCAGGCCAGGCAACCCUCGCAGGCCGGGCAACCGGGGCAACCGGGGCAACCGGGGCAACCGGGGCAACCGGGGCAACCGGGGCAAUCGGGGCAACCCGGGGAGCAGGCCAACGGCGGAUACAAGCUGCGUCUUGCCGGCUACCCGCGCAAGCCGUUUGAGGGUCGCGUGGAGGUGUUCCACCAAGGCGAGUGGGGCACGGUGUGCGAUGACGACUUCUCGAUGGAGGCGGCCAACGUGGUGUGCCAGGAGGCGGGAUUCAUCGGGGCCAACGGCUGGGCGCAUAGCGCCAAGUACGGCCGAGGAAUAGGGAGGAUUUGGCUGGACAACGUGCACUGUCGUGGAAGCGAGCAGAGCCUGGCGGAGUGCGUCUCGCGCGGCUGGGGCAUCAGCGACUGCAACCACGACGAGGACGUGGGUGUCGUGUGCAAGGAAACGCGCCUCAAGGGCACCCCGGAGUUUAACGUCAUCGAGACCGUGCACGACAACCGCUUGGAGGAUGUGCGCCUCCGCCCCAUCCUCCCGGCUGCCAAGAAGCGGCUGCCCGUGACGGAGGGCGUCGUGGAGGUCCGCUACAUGGGCUCAUGGCGCCACGUGUGCGACGAAAACUGGACCCCGCGUAACAGCCGCGUCAUCUGCGGCAUGAUGGGAUUCCCUGCCGAACGCAAAGUCAACCGCGUGCUCUACAGGCAUUUCUCUGAGCGUCAGCAGGAGAGGCCGAGUUUCCUGGUGCACUCCCUCAACUGCACGGGCACCGAGUCGCACAUCACUGCGUGCCAGCACGACCUCCUGCCACUGGGCCCCAAGGCCCACAACAGCUGCCUUGCUGGAAUGCCGGCCAUUGUGAGCUGCGUGCCAGGCCCUGCCUACUCGCCCGGUGUCGCCUUCAAGAAGAUCUUCAAGUCGGAGGUCCCGAUGGUGCGCUUGAAGGGCGGGGCGAUGACGGGUGAAGGCCGGGUGGAGGUGCAGCGCGGUGGAGAGUGGGGGACCGUGUGCGACCAGCGCUGGAGCACCGUGUCGGCGAGCGUCGUGUGUCGCGAGCUCGGCUUCGGCAGUGCCAAAGAGGCCCUCACGAGUGGCCGCAUGGGCCAAGCCAUGGGUCCCAUCCACAUGGCGAUGGUGCAGUGCACGGGGCAGGAGAGGAGCAUCUUCGACUGCCCGCAUGGAAAUGCCUCGGACCACGGCUGCGGGCACCAUGAGGACGCGGCGGUUCGCUGUCACGUGCCCGCCAUGGGCUUCGAGAAGCGGAUCCGCCUGCAGGGCGGCCGCAACCGCUUUGAGGGCCGCGUGGAGGUGCUCACGGACGGGGGCCUCAAUGGGACGCUUCACUGGGGCACGGUGUGCAGCGAGGGAUGGGGGAUGCUCGAAGCAUCCGUGGCCUGCCGCCAACUCGGCCUGGGCUACGCCAGCAUGUACCUGCAGGAGACGUGGUACUUUGAGGGCAGCCCCCUCCACGACCAGGUGGUGAUGAGCGGAGUGAAAUGCGUGGGCUCCGAAAUGUCACUGCAGUACUGCCGCCACCACGGCGCCGACAUCGCCUGCCGGAAGGGCGGAGCGAGGAACGCGGCCGGCAUCAUCUGCUCAGAGAUGGCGCCGGACUUGGUGCUGAACGCGCCACUGGUGCAGGUGUCCUCGUACCUGGAGGACCGGCCCCUGCACCUGCUCUACUGCGCCGCCGAGGAGGACUGCCUGGCCCAGAGCGCGCGCAACAUGCACUGGCCCUACGGGCAGCGCCGCCUGCUCCGUUUCUCGUCGGAGAUCCACAACCUGGGCCGUGCGGACUUCCGCCCCAAGGCUGGACGGCACUCGUGGGUGUGGCACGAGUGCCAUCGCCACUACCACAGCAUGGAGGUGUUCACCCACUAUGACAUUCUGAGCACAAACGGCACAAAGGUUGCAGAGGGGCACAAGGCCAGCUUCUGUUUGGAGGAUACCGACUGCCAAGAAGGAGGACAGAAGGUGUACGAGUGUGCCAACUUUGGCGAGCAAGGCAUCACGGUGAACUGCCACGACACCUACCGGCACGACAUUGACUGCCAGUGGGUGGAUGUCACCGACCUCAAGCCUGGAAACUACAUUUUCCAGGUUGUCCUUAACCCCAACUACGAAGUGGCCGAGACGGACUUCACCAACAAUGCAAUGAAGUGCAACUGCAAGUAUGACGGGCACAGGAUAUGGAUGUACAACUGUCACGUCGGUGACGCUUUCAGCGACGAAGUGGAGAAGAUAUUUGAGAAUUACCCGGGCCAGUUGAACAACCUCAUUAGCUCAUUUUAAAGAGGCAGUCCUGAUGGACGCCUCAGAGGCCCAGGGACACACAAUGCAUACUCUUGGGAUUUUCACAUAAGACGAUAAGGGCAUGAGACUUUAAGGGAUUCUCCAAUUUACUGAAGAAUUUGGCCAUUCCAACAGUAUUCAGGCAAUGACGGAGUAAACAAAACCUUACUAUGAUAAUGAAAACACGAGUAUUUAAAACUUGUAAUCUCAGAUGGGUUUAAAUCCACCUUGUUUCCACUACCCAUUGAAGUGGUGCAGAUUUUAUUUGUUGUCUUUAAUCGGUAUUUUACGAUUGAUUUUUUUUUUAUGUUUAACACGACAUUUUGAUAACAUGAAAAAUUAUGGACCAGCGUAAGGUAAAAAGUCAAUGACGUACAGGUGCUUUUCAUCGCAAGGGAUUUUCAAAAUAAAUCAAUUAAAUGUGUUGCGAUGGUACAUUUACAGCACACUCGAGUGUCAUAGAAAAAAAUAAAUGCUGACAUCACAAAUAUACUCGCAUGUGACUGGCCCGCAGCCUACCACGACCCUUUCCAAGGUGAGAGUCGUACAUUCCUGAAGAUACAGGCCUUGUUUUAAUCGGUGCUGUACUGGUCAAAGUACCAAGGGAUAGUCCAGUUCCACAAUGAGGUACUAAAAUAUGGUGCUGCCUUCGUUUCAUUCCAAUAUGGAGCAACAAAAAAAUUAGAUGACGCUACGCCACAGCCUAAGGUAAAGUGCAGGAACAAGUCAGCAUGUUUACAGUGACAUAGCGCAUAGAGAUUUAAUGAUGUAACAAUUCAUCGUUUAAUAUUGAUUCUUAAGCUCAAGAUGUGUGUCGAAUUGCACGCGUAAGAAUGUUGUAGGACUCAUGUUUUGUAAUGGGUUCACGUGACCCUUACAGCCACUGGUGGCUGUUAACGUUCACCACAAUGAUUAGAAAAUAAUCUUCUGGAAUUGAGUUGUAACCCUCCACGUGACAACUGAGCAGUGAAACGCUAGGAAAAACUUGACUACCAAAACCAUUGAAUUACUUAAACGCGAGGCUUUUGUUGAGUGUCGGCAGAUUAAAGGGAUAAAAAAUGUGAUUUAGGUUUUCAACACCCAGCCACCUUUGAAAAAAUCAUUCACUAAACUAAAAGUGGAUUAUCGUCUUCCCAUGAAUUGAGCGUGGGUUAUCUUAACAGCAUAUAAAUUGAGGAGCAAAAUUGAGCACUCCUCAAUUGGUGAAUCAUACCUCUUAAUACCUCGUGCCUUACAAAAUUGUAAUGGAACCACAGGACAAAUGUGUAAUGUCAUACAUCUAAGGUUUACAGACAAUGCUGUACUAAGCGUAAGCCUUGGAAUAACUCACAUGCGUGGUACAGUAAGCGAGGUAUUGCAACCAUUAUCUGGCCAAUUAUCUGUUUAGAGGUGCACCUGAUUUAUAUGAGAAAGUAUUAAAAUCCAACGUGUUUGUAAUAUUCAAUUGGAUGUGUUCUUUCACAGUAAUAUUUCAAAACGUAAACGGCAAUGUCGGCCCUUUGUUGAUGACGCUGGAGUGCAACAAAUAUGAUUUUUUUUUUUAUCCUGCCGCUUCACGAAUUAUAAACUGCGGCUGUGAAGCUGCUCCAUUCUCUGCUCAAGCUUGAAAUACAACCUUGUAAUGCCUUGAGUGUCUUGACGAUUUUGAGUACAUGGCAGUGCACAGUAUUGACGACCAUUUGGUGUUAAAAGUUGAGCUUGUUUUUCUACAUACAAUGUAUUUAAAAUACCAAAACUAGUUGUAGUUUUUGUGUUUGUCUUUUGAAACAGUGCAAGGGCUGCAUGUUUGUGUUAUAUCUCCAAAGUGUUACAAUUGUCCUUAUUUCAAUGUGCUCAGCAUAAUGUCUAAAAUUAUUAUUUACAUUUUCAAAUGACAUUACUUCAACAGAGUUACAUAAGGAUAUAGCAGAAUUGUUGAAUCAUCCUUUAGAUAAUAAAAACAAGGUUCAGCAUGUUGAAUCACAUGAAAGCUGAAUUGGAAAAUUAUGUUUGCCAAAACAUUUGCAUUGCUUUGGAGUUAAUACCAGGGCUUGAUGUCAACUGGACCUGUCUCAGGCUAUUUCACUGGGUCGAGGUACAGAAGAUUGUGAGCUUGGAGAUCCAGGAAAAUAUUCCUGGACAAAUUAAGCCCUGGCUGAAAUCAUGACUAUUUACCAUUUCACUAAAAAAAUAUUAAGAAACUGCAUUCGCAGUGGCUCACAAGCCAAAACUUACAUAUAUUAAUAAUUCAUACUGCCAAAUAAAACAUAUAUAGUAGGGUGACACUUUGCACGAUGGCCCUUCUUUCAUAUUUGCUCUUAAGUGGCCAUUCUCUGAAAUGUCACCGACAUCAAGAACCACUUCCUUCUCGCCGACUCCCAACCAUUCACCUUCCUGGCUUCAACCUUCCACACUGGCGAUGGGGCCCAGAUCAUGAGGUUGCUGCUAUACCAGCCUUGAGUGGUGAAGCCGCCCUCCGACCGGACUCGACAGGGGUCUCGGGGACCCUCCCUCCACGCUGCUGACGAAGAUUGAGCGUUGGACGACAAUCAAAAUUUUUUUUAAAAGAAAUAAUCCUAAAUGUCAUCCCAUUAUGUAUGUUUCUGUUGUUCUAAAGCAGUGUGGCACUGUUUUUUGCGUACCAUUUAAAUGUUCAUUACAGCAGAGAUGCAGUUGGUUUGCUGUUGUGAAUGUAACAAUCUGCACGAUGUAAACUUGAGUCAGAAGUGGUUCAUUAUAACACUCCCAGGCAGUGCACGCCACCUUUGCAUGGUGCUAUUUCUUUUUGGACUAUAUUUUGCACUGUUUUUUCUGCCAUCUAUUAAAUAAAGUAUAAAUGCAGUUUUGCAUGCCUAGGUGCUGCCAUUAUUUCUUCCAGAAUUGUUUAGCGGUUAGAAAACAAAAACCCACGAUUUUUCUUGAUAUAUCAGCAUGUUUACUUAUUUGUUCCACUUGUGUUAUUCAUUAUACGCCUUGCUCGUGCAACUUCUCAAGGCAAUUCAUUGUGAAACAGUAUUCGAACCAAGACAAUAAAAGUAAAGUGACAACUUAAA